UUAAAAUUUUGAACAUUAUAUGUAUAUUUUUGGAUAGUUGGAUGUUAGGAAUAUUUAACUUUGUCUUAAUGUAUAAUAACGCAAUGCGUUCGUAAGAUCGGCUGUUGAUAACCCGUGUAAAUAAACAACAAAUGAAGUAUAUGGAUAUACUAUUGGCAGCAGUACUGGUUGGUUAUUUAUCGAUUUCAAAGUGCUUUGGUCGUGUUGAUCAAGUAGACUGUACAGUGGACGCAAGGAAACCUGCUAAAGACACGCUGAAACAAAUGUACAGCAAGUGGCUAGAAGAACGAAACGACUUACACGCAUCUUUUCAAUUUAUACCACCUCUUUACAAAACUCGAUUAAAAGGUCAAUAUUCGAAUGCAAGUACCGAGUGCAAUUUGAAAACAAUGAGGAUAUAUGGAGAUCCAAAAUGUCACAGGAAGUUAGACGCAACUAGUAACAACUUGAUGGACAUCUCUUUAUGUCCUUGGUAUGUUGAGAUGACAUAUGAUCCAGAUAGAUAUCCAGAACGCCUUGCAAGCGCAAGAUGCAAAUGCAAACAUUGUUAUAGAGCCAAUGGUUCCAAGUAUAAGCGAUCAAAUCGUUCGGAUAUCCCUAGAUGCAAAGAAAUAAAACAAUUGACCAGAGUUCUCAGAAUACAAAAGAACCCUAAAGGAGAUAAGGUUUGUCAGCCCAAUAAUAACAAACUAUUUUUGUACAAGGAAUCUUAUGAAGAAAUAGCAGUAGGUUGCACAUGUGCACUUAAAGGUGAUAAACGGGUACAACAAAACAACUUUAGAACAGGAAGUUAGUGUUAAUAAAGUAUGUCGUUGAAUACUUAAAUAACUUAAUAUCUUGGAUAUAAUAGUGUAUAUGGUUAUGCAACAAUGAAAAAAUAAUAUUCUUGAAAUCAAUUGGCAAUUUUGUUGUGUUAUUCCUCAGUAUUUUACACAUUAAUAUCAAUACAUGUAAUGCAUAUUCGUCAUACAUGUAUGCAUCAAAGUGAAAAGAGUAUUAUUGUGCUUAUACGGUAGAGGAAUUAUGUAUGAUACGAGAUAAACAACGAGUACUGCUUGAUAUUUUACGUGAAUAACUACCUGAUGUUCUAAGUGAUAUUCUACAUGUACUAGAUAUAUAACAAGACAACAAAAGCUUGAUCAUCGCACAUUGGUACAGAAAGAAUAUGCUAAUAGUUUAACAAACACCUUCCAAAUGAUCUUGCAAGUGAGAAGUAUUUCGCUAAAUUUUACAUACACGGUCAUUUCUUUACAAUAUUUCUCGUAAAUCCUGCGUGUCUCAUUGAUUUAAAAAUUGGAUUUAUCAUCUUUAAAGCAAAUAUUUACCGACGUUUCGGUAUGCAAUUACAUUUCAGCGCGAUUGUAUACUGAUAUAGGAUAUUCAUUUUGUUGCAGAAUAUAACAAGAUCAGUGAUGUGUACAAAUAAUGACUUUGGAUCCAGACAAAUAUUCUAAAGUAUCGCAAAUACAAGUAAAGCAUUUUGCUGUAAUUUUGACAAAAUAGAUAAAUACAGAAUCCCUAAAGAAAGCCCAACACGGCAAAAUUGAAAAUGUUGUAGGCUCGGUUUGAUUGAGCCUGUUUAGAAAAUCAGUCAAAGAAUAAAUAAACCAACGGCACGAGAAAGACACUAUGUGACUAUAGUAUUUGCCUACAGUAGUGAUCGCUCUGAAAAAUAACAAUUACAAUAUAUAUCGUGUACGACUGAUAAAUUCUUUUUAUUAAAUAUUGUGAAACUCAAUGAAAUAUUAACCGUUUUUUAAUAAAAAAGCAAAGUUUAGUUGACCUAGUUACAACGUUGACGUAGAUACAACGAUAAGCUUUCAUUUCGCACGUGGAUUGCCUCGUAUAAUUUUAGUUUUACAAGUUACUGGCAGAAUCAAUGUUCGAAAGAAUAUAGUUUGAAUGCGAUAUAUAUGUUAAAGUUAUAUCAGCAAUGCUAUAUUCUCCCUUGUCUCCAAUCAGAUGAGCUAUCAGAUAACGAUUGUUUAAUGAAUGCAAACUCUUGUUGAGGACAACUUUAAUCAAUGAACAAUACAAAACCACGUUCUCGAGAUAUUGUUGCAUUUUUUCACUUUCACAUAAUCACGGUGUGAUAUAUAGCAUAUAUAAUCAUAUUACUGAUGAUAAUGAUGAUGUUUAUGAUGAUGAUGACGAAGUCGCCGAUGAUGAAAAUGACGAUAAUAAAAGUAUUGCUGACACUUAUACCAUAUAAUGGUAAAUGCAGGUCAACCUUUCUUGGUGACGACAUUGUUUAUUUUUAUCCGGCCUCUUGACGGGGAGCUAUAUAUUUCGAAGCGAAACAUUCUUUUUUACAUAGAUGCAUGUGGCUGCCGAAUAAUUAAUGCUCCAUGGAGCUUUAUUGGUUUGUUCUAUAUUGUUAGAUAUAAAUAAUAAAAUAUUUUUGGUCUA